GUCCUUUAGGCGGCCGGGCUGGGCGGGGGCCGAGUCGCUCUGCUCCCCCCCGACCGUACUUUGGGCCGCCCUCCAUAAAGGGGCGGGAGCGGCGGGGACCGGUGCGCGUCGGCACCGCCUGCGCUCGGCACGGCACGGAACGGCUCGGAGCGGUGCGGGACGGAGCGGCCCCGCGGGGGCGGCUUCCACAAUGAACAGCCAACUCCUGCUCCUGGCUGUGCUCCUGACGCUCCUGGGUCCUCCAGCUGCCAUGGCACAGAAGGGGAGCCAAGCAGUAUGCAAGGACGUGCUGGAGGCUGACAUCGCCUUCCUGGUGGAUGGUUCAUCCAGCAUUGGAAGGAACAACUUUCGUGCUGUCCGCACCUUCAUGGACAAGCUGGUGGGGCCCUUUGUGCAGGUAGUGGGUGAGAAGGCUGUGCGCUUUGCCAUGGCACAGUACAGUGAUGACCCACGGGUGGAAUUCCCAUUCUCCCAGCACACUGAUGGCACAAGUGUCCGGAGGGCCAUCCAGCAGCUGAGCUACAAGGGUGGCAACACGCGGACUGGCGCUGGUUUCCGAUACAUUGCUGACAACUUCUUUGGCCCCACACAGCGCCGGCCUGGGGUCCCCCAGAUCUGCAUUCUCAUCACGGAUGGCAAGUCCCAGGAUGAUGUCGAGGGGCCAGCAGGGCAGCUGAAGAGCCAGGGCAUCAAGGUCUUUGCCGUGGGUAUUAAGAAUGCUGACCACAAGGAGCUGAUCCGUGUGGCCUCAGUGCCUACUGAUGCCUUCUUCUUCUACAUUGGUGAUUUCAAGCUGCUGGACACACUGGUGCCACUGAUGACACGCAGGGUGUGCACGAGUGUUGGGGGCACCCUGCACCUGCUGGAUGGGCCAAGCCACACUGGCCCCUCCAACCUGGAGAUCUCGGAGCAGGGCCUCCACCAUCUGCAGAUCCGCUGGAGAGCAGACAGUGGUCCCAUCACUGGCUACCGGGUGCAGUAUGUGCCACUGACAGGGCUAGGGCAGCCAAUCAUGGCAGAGAGGCUGGAGGUGAGCGUGGGGCCACAGGAGACAAGCACUGUGCUACGGGGACUGCGUGUUGGGACAGAGUACCUGAUCACUGUCACUGCCCAGUACACCAACAGCAUCGGCAAGUCAGUGUCUGGCCGAGCAAGAACCCAAAGCCGUGCUGGCUCCACGGUGGAUUUUCGUGUGGUGGAGGUGGGACCAACCUUUCUGCGGCUGGCCUGGCAGCCUGCCCCUGAACCCCCCCGGGGCUACAGCCUCAGCUAUGCUGUGCAAGGAGCACCUCACAGGGAGGAGAAGAGCCUGAUGGCCAGUGCACAGUCAGCCACACUCAGCAACCUGCAGCCUGACACUGAGUAUGUGGUGAUGCUCCGGCCCCACUAUGCAGAGCAGCCCACUGCCCCUGCCACCCUCACUGCCCGGACACGGCACCUGGUGGGUGUGCAGGACUUGACUGUCCACAACGUCUCAGCACAGAGCAUGCUGCUGGCCUGGCAGUCUGUUGAUGAUGCUACAGGCUACCGGCUCUCCUGGGCAACCCGCACAGGGCAGGACAGGCACAGGGUGGACCUGGAUGCUGGGCAGAUGUCACACCCAUUGGUAGGGCUGCAGCCCAACACUGAUUAUGUCAUGACAGUGGCUCCACUCUUCAGGCAGCUGGAGGGGCCCACAGCCACUGUGUGGCAGAGGACAGGGACCAGAGACAUGGGCUGGGUGGCUGGCAGCACAAUGGCACAAGGUACCCUGGUCCAUGGGGUCCCUCUUGCAGAGGCAGGUACAGACCAGAUGCUGCAGACCAACAUCCUGAGCCCCACAUCCAUCCAGGUGCUGUGGACCAGUGCCCAUGAUGCUCAUGGCUACCGUUUGGAGUGGAAGAGAGCCACAGGACCAGAGGCCCCCAGAACAGUGUCUCUCCCCAGCAGCACCAAUACUUACCAGCUGAUGGGGCUGAAGCCGGGCACUGAGUACCACAUCACCCUCUAUACGCUGUAUGAUGGUGGGGAGGUGGCCACCCCUGUCAUCACCUUUCAGACAGGUGUGGAGGCACCCGUGGGUGAUGUGUCAGACCUGCGGCUUGUUGAGGAAUCAGGCAGGUGGGUACGGCUGAAUUGGACCGGUGUCCCUGGUGCCACCGAGUACAAAGUGGUGGUACGCAACAACCAGGAUGGCACAGAGAGGACAAGGCGCAUCCCAGGCAGCCAGACGGGGCUGGAGCUUGGUGACCUCCGGGAAGGCAUCACUUACCUGGUGCAUGUCUCGGCACUAGCAGGCAGUCAGGAGGGCAAUGCUACCACACUCACCAUCCGUCUCAAAGAUCCACAGGUGGGCAGCAUUUCGGAGCUGCGGGUGAUGGAGGCCGGUCCCAGCCAGCUGCGGGUCACCUGGCGAGGGCUACCAGGCGCUGGGGGUUACCUGCUGACUUGGCAAGGCAGUGAUGGUCUGAAGAAAUCCCGCUUCCUCCCUGCUGACCCCACCACCUUCACCAUCGAGGGGCUGCACACCAACACCGUCUACACUGUUGGUGUCUCAGCCAUUGUGGAUGGCCGUGAGGGCAGCCCUGUCACUGCCACAGGACAUAUAGUGCCGGAGCAGGUGGGGAAGGUGACCCAACUGAAGGUGCAGGCAUCCAGGAGCAAUGUUGCCCAUGUCACUUGGGUUGGUGUGCCGGGAGCCACUGCCUACCAUGUGGUGUGGAGCCGCAAGGAUGGGAGUUUGGAGAAUAGCCGGCGAGUUCCUGGCCACAUCAACUCCUUUGACGUCCCCAACCUGGAGGGAGGUGUCUCCUACACUGUGAAGGUGACGGCACUCAUUGGCAACCGGGAAGGCAAUCCUGUCUCCAUUAUCGUCACCACGCCAGAGGCAGUUCCCCUACACCCUGUCAGCGGCUUCCAGGUGACUAAGGCCUCAGGGCACCUCUUGCGCCUGACCUGGCUGCCAGUGGCUGGCAGCACCGGGUACCGUCUGUUCUGGCGCCUGGCUGAAGGGGGACCCCAGCAUAUCCAGCAGCUCCCAGCCACCUCCAACUCUUAUGAUGUGUUGGGACUGGAAUCGGGCCGGCGCUACCAUAUCAGCAUCACCAGCCUUACUGGCAGCCGAGAGAGUGAGCCAACCACCAUCAGUGCCAUCACCACUGCCCCAAGCCACAUCACCAGUCUGCGGGUGAUGGAGGUGCAGAGAGAUUCGGUGAUUCUUACCUGGACCCCAAUCCCUGGUGCCUCUGGCUAUGUCCUCUCCUGGAGCCCUCCUGCAGCUGGUGGAGAGAAGGGGCGGACACUGCCCAGCACUGCCAGCUCCCAGCAGGUCUCUGGGCUGCGCCUGGGCCAGCGCUACACCUUCACCCUCCGCCCACUCCUGGGGAGCAUACCAGGUGCUGAGGCAUCUGUCAGUGAGCGCACAGUCUGCAGGGAUGCCCUUGGUGACGUGGUCUUUCUAGUACAUGGCACCCGCAACAGCUCCUCUAGUGCUGAAGCUGUCCGCACCCUCCUCUCCAACACCGUGUCUGCCCUGGGGCGCCUAGGCCCUGAGGGCACACAGGUGGCCCUGGCCACAUACAGCUACCGCAGCCUACCCUGGCUGCUCCUUAACCGCUCCCGUGACCUGCCCACUGUGCUGGAACACAUCCGCACCAUGCGCUAUGAGGAGCCCAGCGGCAAUUCCAUCGGGGCAGCCAUCACCUUUGCCAGGACCUACCUGCUGAGUCCUGGUGCAGGGCGCCGUCCCGAGGUACCAGCAGUGCUGGUGGUUCUGGCUGACAGUCCUUCUGGGGAUGAUGCCAUCACUGUGGCCAGAGAUGUCAAGGCUGGGGGGAUACAGGUGCUGGCAGUGGACAUGGAGGGGGCAGACCGGGAGCAGCUCCAGCGCAUGGUCACCAGUGAGGACCCACGGUACAUCUACCAUGGCAGUGACCUGGCAGAACUGGAGGGAGAACUCAUUGAUGACCUCUGCACCAUCAUCUCCACCAUGCCAGUGCCCAAGCCAAAGCCCUGCACUGUGCAGUGCCCCAAGGGCGAGAAGGGAGACCGUGGUGAGGCAGGACUGCAAGGACAUAUGGGACCACCAGGUCUCCCUGGUCAGCCGGGUCGCCAUGGGCUUCCUGGCCCUCCAGGGGCACAGGGUCCACCAGGAGAGAGUGCUGAGGGUCUGGGCAAGAAGGGGGACAGGGGAUUUCCUGGAGCCAAUGGAUUACCAGGAAGCCCUGGGCGCCCUGGGAAUCCUGGAUCACCUGGGCAGCCAGGCAUCCCUGGUCUUCGAGGGCAUCCUGGGACACAAGGGCCCAUGGGACUUACUGGUCCAAAGGGGGAGAAAGGUGAACCGGGAGAGCCCAGGGUGAUCAUAGCUGGAGAACAGGGACUACCAGGCCAGAAAGGGGAGCCAGGUGUGCCGGGCAGCCCUGGCUCACCUGGAAUCCCAGGCCCACGGGGGCCCCUUGGUGAUCCAGGCUCGCCUGGUCCACUCGGACCCAUGGGGCUACCAGGACCUCCUGGAGAGUUUGUGAAGGGAGAAAAGGGUGACCGAGGGGAAAGGGGUCCCCCUGGAUUCAUAGAUGGGGCAGUACUUCAAGGGGAUCCUGGACCCCCAGGCCUGCCUGGAGACCCUGGACCUCGGGGACCUGUUGGGCCCCCUGGCCUGAAGGGAGAGAAGGGUGAUGGCAUAGAAGGUUUCCCAGGAUCACCUGGCCACCCUGGGGACCCAGGAGACAGGGGUCCUCGAGGACCACCAGGGCAGCAGGGCAGGAAGGGAGACCGUGGGACACCGGGUGAGCUGGGAGAGAAGGGCAAGAAGGGAGACCGUGGUGUGCCAGGCCCAGAAGGUCAGAAGGGUGAGAUGGGAGCCCCAGGGCACCCAGGGCCAUCAGGCAGAGAGGGAGCUCCGGGACCGGCUGGCCCCCGGGGGGAGAAGGGAGAUCCAGGACCACCUGGCAAGCCAGCUUCUAAUGUGGCUGGUGUUGGAGAGAAGGGUGACAGAGGCUUCCCAGGACCAGAAGGACCUCCUGGCCCCAAGGGUGACAUGGGAGAUAAAGGUGCCCGUGGUCCCCCUGGCCUGAGCAUCCCAGGGCCAGCUGGCCCCAAAGGCAAGCAGGGUGAUCGGGGUAUUGUUGGCCUCACAGGCAGGAGUGGCCCAAAGGGUGACCCAGGAGAGCCAGGGGAGAAAGGGGAGCCGGGCCGAGCAGGCACUCCUGGGCAGACCGGGAUGCGAGGCAAGGAGGGAGAGCGAGGAGAGAAAGGUGACGAAGGCACCCCGGGCGAAGCAGGUCUGCCUGGCAAACCUGGAGACAGGGGUCCCCGGGGCCUUCCUGGCUACCGUGGCCCCCCCGGUGAGAAGGGUGACCUGGGGGACCCAGGACCUGAAGGCAGGAAUGGCAGCCCUGGAGCACCAGGAAGCAAAGGUGACCGUGGGGACCCAGGGCCUCCUGGACCUCCAGGACGAACUCUUGAUGUUGGGCUUGGAGGAGUGGGGAGAAAGGGUGAGAAGGGGGACCCUGGGGACCCAGGCAAGAAUGGUGCGAAGGGUGCCCGGGGUGAUGCUGGCUCCCCUGGAGUGCCUGGAGAGAGGGGUGGGGAGGGUCCCCGUGGCCCCCCUGGCACACAGGGUGAUCCCGGGGACCAAGGCCUGCCAGGAGAGAAGGGGGACCGUGGCCCACCAGGGCUGGAUGGCCGCAAUGGGCUGGAAGGCAAACCUGGGCCCCCAGGGCCUGCUGGGCUGCGGGGGGACCCAGGAAAGCAGGGAGAUCCUGGCCGGGAUGGGCUGCCUGGGCUGCGUGGGGAGCAGGGACCACCUGGAUCAGUGGGUCCCCUAGGACCACCCGGCAUGCCUGGCAAACCCGGUGAGGAUGGCAAACCUGGCCUGAAUGGCAAGAAUGGAGAAGAUGGGACACCGGGAAAGGAUGGGAGAAAGGGAGACAAAGGUGAUACAGGACUACCUGGGAAAGAGGGCCAAAGCGGUGCCAAGGGCGAGCAGGGGGACAGAGGUGUGCCAGGCCCCCUUGGCCCCCCUGGCCUUCCUGGUGUCCCAGGGCAGGUUGGCCCCCCAGGCCAGGGCUCCCCAGGGCUCCGUGGAGUGGCUGGACCAAAGGGGGACCCAGGAGAGCCUGGACUUCGAGGGGCGCCAGGGCGACCUGGCAACCCUGGAGCACGCGGAGACCCUGGGACUACAGUGAACAUUGAACGUAGCCUGGAAGCACUUGGCAUCAAGAUUUCAUCCCUGAAAGAGCUCACAGGUGCCUAUGAUGGGAGCUCAGACUCGUUUCUGCUGGUGUCCGAGCGGCUGCGGGGCCCGAAGGGCAGUAGGGGAGAUCCAGGAGAAAGGGGGCCCCCAGGCCGAGAGGGCUCCUUAGGCUUCCCUGGCGAGCGAGGACCCAAAGGUGACAAGGGAGACCCAGGUACCCCCGGCCCCCAGGGCCCCAUGGGCCGGGCCAUGGGUGAGCGGGGUCCCGAGGGCCCGCCUGGGCAGCCAGGGGAGCCUGGAAAGCCAGGCAUUCCUGGGCUGCCAGGCCGGGCUGGGGAGCUGGGGGAAUCCGGGAGGUCCGGCGAGAAGGGUGACCGAGGCGAGAAGGGUGACCGAGGUGAGCAGGGAAGGGAUGGCUUGCCUGGACCUCCAGGGCCCCCAGGGCCCAAGGUGGACGUGGUGGAGGGCAGCCUGAUGGGCCUCCCAGGCGAACGCGGCCCCAUCGGACCCAAAGGAUCGAAGGGUGAGCCAGGAGCUGAGGGUGAACAGGGACCCAAAGGAGAUAAGGGUGAAGAUGGCUUGAGGGGUGACCGAGGGGAGCCUGGUGAGAAGGGCAGAGACGGUGCCCCAGGUCUCCCAGGCGAGAGAGGGCUGUCAGGCCCUGAGGGGAAGCCGGGCUUGCCAGGCUUUCCUGGCGUGCUGGGACGCCCGGGCAAUCAGGGAGACCCAGGACCCCCAGGACCUCCGGGCAGCACUGGCCCACCAGGGACCCAGGGCCCAACUGGUGCCAAGGGUGAUCCAGGGGAACCUGGUACCAGCAUCCGUGGCUUGCCUGGCCCCCAGGGCAACAUGGGCCUGCCAGGACCCCUUGGCCCUGCUGGCCCAGUGGGCCUACCGGGUGUCCCUGGGCUGCCAGGACAAGUGGGGGAGAGUGGGAAGCCAGGUGUGCCAGGCAGGGAUGGUGUGCCAGGGAAGGACGGCGAAGCAGGAGUGCCUGGGAAGAUGGGCUUACCGGGACCUUCGGGGCCUGCUGGUCCCAAGGGAGAGCCAGGGGAUGCUGGAGCUCCAGGGCAGGCCAUCACUGGCCCCCCUGGAGCCAAGGGAGAGAAGGGUGAGCCGGCGCUGCUGGAGGGUGUGCUGCUGGGAGAGCCCGGCUCCAAGGGUGACCGUGGCUUGCCAGGCCCCAAGGGUGACAAAGGGGAGCCAGGAAGAUUUGGAGAGCCAGGAGAUCCUGGGGAAGAUGGAGCCAAGGGAUCCUCUGGAGCCAAAGGGGAGAAGGGAUCACUGGGUGUUGGUGCACGGGGACCACCAGGACAGGACGGGCCUCCAGGUUUGAAGGGUGACACUGGCUUGCCAGGAUUACCAGGAUCCCCAGGCUUAGCAGGCAUUGCUGGGAUGCCAGGACAGCCAGGCCUGAGAGGGGACAAUGGACAGCCUGGCCCUCCAGGUCCCCCAGGAGAGAGGGGUUUGAUCGGCUUUCCAGGCAGGGAUGGCACCGCUGGACCACCGGGACCUGUGGGGCCCCCAGGGCCGGCUGGCAUACAAGGGGCCCCUGGCCUGAAGGGUGACAAGGGUGCUCUGGGGGUGGGGCUGCCAGGAGCCAGAGGUGAACGUGGUGACCCGGGACCACGGGGUGAAGAUGGACAUCCAGGGCCAGCAGGGGAUCGUGGGCCAGCAGGUUUGCCUGGGAACCGCGGGGAGCAUGGGGACAAGGGUGACCUUGGGGCCCCAGGACCCAAAGGAGACAAGGGUGAUACUGUGGUGGUGGAGGGGCCACCUGGAGAACGGGGCAGCAAGGGGGAGCCGGGUGAACGUGGCCUGAAGGGCACAGAAGGCGACAAGGGGAACAAGGGGGAACAAGGCAUGCUCGGAGAGAAGGGCACAAGGGGUGAACAAGGAGAGAAGGGCUCCAUGGGCUUCCCUGGGGCACGCGGCCCUAGCGGGCAGAAGGGAGAGGUUGGAGCGCCAGGAGAGCCUGGUGAGCCAGGUCAGCCUGGCCGUGAUGGGAUCCCUGGGGCCCGGGGAGAGAAGGGGGACAUGGGACCCCUGGGCAUGCGUGGCCUCAAGGGUGAUCGGGGCAUGAAAGGUGCCUGUGGCCUCAAUGGAGACAAGGGCGAGAAGGGAGAGCCAGGGAUCCCGGGGCGCUCAGGACUGUCAGGGAGGAAAGGCGAGCCGGGAGAUCUGGGUCUGUCAGGACCACCAGGCAUUCCUGGAAAGGAAGGGCUCAUGGGACCCAAGGGUGACCGGGGAUUUGACGGGCAGCAGGGAGCCAAAGGAGACCAGGGGGAGAAAGGAGACCGGGGUGCCCCUGGUGUUAUGGGUGGCCCAGGUCCCCGGGGCAGUGAUGGAGCUCCUGGCCCCCCUGGCCCCUCAGGGAGCAUUGGCCCACGAGGUCCUGAGGGCAUGCAGGGCCAGAAGGGGGAGAGAGGCCCCCCUGGACAGUCAGUUCCAGGUGCACAGGGUGUGCCCGGCAUCCCCGGCGAGAGAGGAGAGCAGGGCAGUCCUGGUACCCAUGGACUCCGUGGGGAGAAGGGGGAGCCAGGCAUGACGGAAGAGGAGAUCCGUGACUUCGUCAGGCAGGAGAUGAGCCAGCACUGUGCCUGUGGUGGCCACUUUCCACAGCACCAGGAUUCACGUGAGCACUCAGGAGGCUGGGGGCCUCAGGCCAGGAGCAGCUUCCACUCUGCACAGGGAAUAGGAAGAACCGUCCGUCAGGAGAGACAUCAUGACCAAACAGGGUCCUUCUCCACUCAGCCAUUCCCUGCUGGCAGCACCCACAUAGUCCCUGUACUCAAGUUGUCACACACUGAGGAGGAUGAGGGGCAGGACAGGCAGAUCAUGCUCGACAAUGAUGACCUCAGGUACGACAGCAUGGAUGGAGAGGAGCAGGACUACAAUGAGGUCUCAGAGAUGGACAGCUUGGAGCAGUCUACAGUGGAUGCUGGGCCCUGCAGGCUGCCGCUGGACGAGGGGGACUGCCAGCGCUACACCCUGAGGUGGUACUACAACCAAAGAGUCACCGAAUGCCGGCCCUUUGUCUACAGCGGCUGCCAGGGCAACCACAACCGCUUCGACAGCAAGGAGGAGUGUCAGCUGCACUGUGGGCAGCACCCAGGGUCAGAUUCCCGUGGCAGUGCCGGCAGCAAGGUGGGAGGGCAGCCAAAGGUGUAGGUGCAGGCAGUGUCUUGGCAGGCAGGGCUACCUGGAAGUGGGGCCCAGCUGCUGCCCUGGCCAGGGCUGGGCUUCCCAUGGUGGCAGUGGCCAUGUACCCACCAGCCCCAGCAGGAACCUGGUGCUAUUUCUAACCUGUCUUUAUGCUGCUCAUGGGUUUUUCAUUUCAUAUCAAUUUAUUGUCAUUAAGUUGAAAUUUAUAUGACAUGGGAAAUUGCCUCCCACCAAGGCUUUGAACCCCCUUUCCCACUGGGCUGUUCUCAGUUUGAUUUUUAAAUUAUUGCCAAUAGAAUGGUUCUUAGCCCUGUUCCUGCUCUGUGGAAGCAGAGCUGGGGCUUGGCAUAGUUGGGCUCCCACCCCUCCCAAAAUACCCUUGUACUCUUUCCGGCCCCACACAGACCCCCAAACUCCCUCUCUGCUCCCCGCUCUCUGCUAGGACAGCUGCCCGCAUCCUUAUACCAGGCAGUGCCUUCCCCACCUGGCAAUGAGCUCCAUCUGAAUAAAUUUCACCUUAGCCUCAACUAGGGCCCAGUUCCCCUUUUGUGGCUGUGAUGGUUUGGCAAUGACCUGUGGGGAGACUGGAGGCUCUUGCCAUGUGCUACCCACCAGCUCACACGCCUGCCAGCAGCACAUGUGUCUAAUCCAGGGAAUCUCACCUGCACCCCCAGGCCUGUCAGGGAAACCCUGAGGAUGGUGCUAGGUUAGAAGAGGUUCCUGCUUGCCUACACUUACUCUCAAAGGCUUUGUGAAAGUGAUGCUGGCUGACAGGGUUGCAGCCCCUGCUUGCUCCCAUCCCCAGGAGUGAGUAGGGACAUGCUCUUCACUGCCCAAGAGCCCCAGGGGCUGCCAGGUGAGCUUUGGGGCCCCCAAACCUACUGCUGUUCUCUGUGUAUGUCUAUAUACAACAAAUGUAUAUAUGUACCAGUGCAGGGGGGAUGUGUAUUAAAGCUGUGCUCACAGGGAGAUGUCACGCUUCUUGGCACAUUGAUGGAGAUGUCUGUGGAGUUUGGGGACAGCUGUUGACUCAGGUAUGCCCCCUGCCCACCCCAGCUGGGCUGCUCUUUCCAGCUGCCUGCUGCUGGCAGUGCUGGCUGGGGUUCCUCACCCCUUCCAGGGAGCUCAGUGCCCCAUCCCUAAGCCCAGCGCGUGCCAGCUGAUGCAAGCCAGGCCAUGACC